UCUCUCUCUCUCUCUCUCUCUCUCUCUCUCUCUCUCUCUCUCUCUCUCUCUCUCUCUCUUCAAAUUGGGAAGUAUUCUUCAUGUACCAUAUGAUGCAUAUAUUUUUGUUUUUUUUUCAUAUGCAUUUUUUACCUCUUUUUUUUUUUUUUAUUUCUCUAUGUUAUUGCAAGUGAUACGUGAAGCUUAUUUAUUACUGUUCUGAGCAUUUCUGUAGAUUUGUUUAGUUAGUAUAUCCCAUAGAAAUACUCAUUUUCUUUUAUGUGUGUGGCUUUAAAGGAUUAAUGGUGACAUAUGGAUAUGAUCUGGGUUAAAAGCUUGUACAAAUAAGGUUAAAUGUCUAUUUUUGCACUGGUUCUUUCCCUAAGUUUCUUAAAAGUACCGUGAUAUAAUGAUUAGCAGUGGACUAAUUAAUUAUUUUUUACAGGGUCUGUAACUCCUUACAUUUAAUUUAUGUUAACUUUACUUACAUAUUUUUUCCUUUAGUUUAUGAAUGGGAGGAAGGUUUAAUAUUCAUAUCUUAAGAGAUGCUUACUUUCUUUUCCACAUUGCAAGUUUUAGUGAUUAAUACUCACAAAUGUGUAUUAUUUACUUAAUGGCUUGUCAAAACAGGUUGUUUUUGUGUUGCUUUUUUUUUUUUUCUCAUGCUAGGAUGAAGUGUUACUAAUGGAGUUUAUUUUUUACAUCUGUUUUAUAUAUCAUUACAGUUUUGAGGGGAGCUUUCUGUUAAAUGUUCAAGUGAAAAGCAUAUUAUACUAUAGAUGAUAAAAAAUAUAGUGUUUAUUUUUUAUUUAUUUAUUUUUUUUAAUGUAAUGAAAUAGAGGGAACAUUUAAUUGUAUAUGAAUAUAUUGAAUUUAUUACCUAUUCUUUCCCUAACCUUGAGACAGCAGUAGCUAGCUGCUAGUAUUAAAGGUACUAAUGAUUCAUCAUCUGCCUAAGAAAGACUAACUAAUUAGUCAUUUAAUUGACUAACCUAUGAUCCACUUUACUAAUGUGGUUAGUAGAAGCAGUGAACAGUACGAAGGCAUUAGUCAGAUAUAUUUGAGUAAGACCAUACUCAGGUUGAGUGCUCAGUUAGUCACAAAUUCACUAACAUUAUGUUAGUCACUGUGACUAAUGCUACCACUUAGUAAAACCCCAUGGGUUUUACUAAGAAAAGUUAGUCAGCACGAGUAACUUUGGUUUUGUGUGAUAUAAUUAUAAAGGUAGUAGGCCUUGCUGGCGCCCGAGAGUGUAAGAAAGGCAGGAAAAGUGAGUGGCGAGUGUGUGGGGCGACACUGUACCCUCCCCACGGUUUUGGAGGACAAAGUGAAAGAUGGAGGCGGAAGGAAGGGCCAGUGAGCUGCGUAUGCUUGACCUCUGAGUGGACGUAGGGAAAAAAAAAAAAAAAAAUGACACGUUUCGGAAAUAACUUGUAUCAUAAGUAGAGAACGUGCAUCCCGUUAAGCAGCCGCGCAUUGCAAGGACACGAGAGUACGUGGUAUGAUCGCAAGUGACACGUCCGGAAAUCAGCGUUUAAUUGCGUGUGUCUUAAUAGAAAAAAAUAGCUGAUUUCCAAAUUAUACAUCAAAGUAUGACCUCGUCUAGUUCAGGAGAGUCCUUCGUAUAAAUGCACUGGUGUGUGUAUGUGUGUGUGAAUGUUAUUGCUAGUUAUCUCUCUCUCUCUCUCUCUCUCUCUCUCUCUCUCUCUCUGUCAGUAGUUGCACAGGUCUUCAAGGGUAUUUUUACGGUUUUAGUGACAGAUUAACAACAUUUCUACAUUAAUAACAGGAGAAACACCAUUGAAAACCCUGAUAAUCAUCUUUAUAGCUUUGAAAAACAGUCGUGAAGAGAGAGAGAGAGAGAGAGAGAGAGAGAGAGAGAGAGAGAGAGUAGGAGCAUUUCAGUUGAGCCUAUUCUGCCCUGGUUCGUGUUUGCUGCGGUGACACGGUGCCGCACUGAGUGAAGAUUGCGUUCAUAAUCACUUAUCAGGGGUGGAGUGGGGAAAGGAGAGUCAGGAAGUGAGGAUAUUUAUAUUAUUUGACAUAUUAUUUGAUAGCAUGUCAACUUUUGUGUGUGUGUGUGUGUGUGUGUGUGGGUGGGUGUUGGAUCAGUGACAGGUGGCGCUGGGGAGUUACCACGGCGAGCGGCUGGCUGGCUGCAGUGUUUUGGUCAGCACUGGUCAAUCUUGCCCUACACGCUCUAUUAACCAGUGUUUCCGUCUUCCCGACACCUUCUUCCUGCACCAAGCACCGUCAAGCAUCACCAGAGAGGCACGAGUACGUAAGCUAUCCAACAUCAGAACAGUAUAUGAAUAUGGCAAAUGCUGUUUUGACAUCAUUUCCUGCCAUCCUGAGAAAAAGUGAUCACGAGGAGCAUGAAUUGCAGCUGCAAUGGAAAUUGUGCAUUCAGCGCAAGUUUCAGAAUUCAAGAAAGAGGCAGGAUUCCUCAGUGACUGAGGUGACGUCAAGGAAAAAGAAGAUCCCUUGCAUAGCGCCAAAACAGACUACGUAUCCACUGAUGUAUGGAGUAAAGGCUUACCUUCCACCAAGGCCCCAUUCAGAAGAUGAUGAGUCAUUAGAGAGACAUAGACAGUGGCUUGCUCUACAUUGGAUGAAGAAAGAUCCCGAGUUAGAUAAGCUAUCCAACAUCAGAACAGUAUAUGAAUAUGGCAAAUGCUGUUUUGACAUCAUUUCCUGCCAUCCUGAGAAAAAGUGAUCUCGAGGAGCAUGAAUUGCAGCUGCAAUGGAAAUUGCGCAUCCAGCGCAAGUUUCAGAAUUCAAGAAAGAGGCAGGAUUCCUCAGUGACUGAGGUGACGUCAAGGAAAAAGAAGAUCCCUUGCAUAGCGCCAAAAGAGACUACGUGUCCACUGAUGUAUGGAGUAAGGGCUUACCUUUCACCAAGGCCCCAUUCAGAAGAUGAUGAGUCAUUAGAGAGACAUAGACAGUGGCUUGCUCUACAUUGGAUGAAGAAAGAUCCCGAGUUAGAUAAGAUAAUCAAGGAGUUCCUGAGAUUAGAACUAGAAGCGGAUGAACCAGACCCAAGAGUAGCAGUUUUGAAAGGGCUGGAGAAAUAUAGGCUCCCAAUAAUUGCCAUUCUCAAAAAAAGAAAAGCAGUUCCUCUGUAUAUGGAAACCUUACUUGAACUCUAUGACCACGAUGAAAGUCAAUGCAAGUAAUGUCUAGUUCAAUUUGUUCAUUUCAGUAGCUGGUAGCAAUUUAAUAUAUGUAUCUUUUCAUCAUUAGCAAUGCAUCUUUCACUUUUAUAAGCCUAGUAUUCAUGAAACUAUGCUGCAUGCAAAAACCAAACAUUGUAUUAAGCAUGACCUAUCUAACUGUAAUGCUUGCACCAAUUUAUAGAAAGGUACUAAUUUAAUUGUUAAAUUCCUGCUCUUCUAUCAAUUUUUUGGCUGAGUGCUAUGGCUAAAUAAUUGUUUGCAGCAUAAGUGAUGUUAAAGAUUUUAAUAGGUGUAAAGCAUCUCUCUCUCUCUCUCUCUCUCUCUCUCUCUCUCUCUCUCUCUCUCUCUCUCUCUCUCUCU